CUAAAGGAAGAUCACAUACGGCAUAUGGUAUACUGAGUUAAUUCCAUUUCCUUGUUAUCUUGCAUGGAAGAUUUUAAUCCUCAGAAAAUAUAGUUUCUGUUGAAAUGACCCUGUUCUCAAUUCUCCAGAAGACUGCUAGUGGCCUACUUGGGUGGGAGAAGCAGCGGGCUCUUGCUAAAAAGGCUUAUGGAUCCUCUAGUUCAGCGUUUUCUUUUCACAAUGACCUGACACUUAGGCACAGGAUAAAGUUUGUGUAUGGGCAGUCAUUACUUAAAGGAACCAGGUUUUAAAAUGCUUCCACUAUCAUAUGGACCACCCGACCUGCCCUCAGCUAGGUUUCUUCUUCUGAGUUUUUGUUACCUCCUAACAAUAUCUAAAAUACCAUCUGUGGAUUAAUCCAGUGACAGUGAGAGCCUUCAUAAACAAUUAGUUCUCUAGGCCCCCUUUGAAUACUGCUGCAUGGAACAUUAUGCCCUUAAUACAGAAUCCGAGACACUUAUGUGUAAACCACAGUAGGGUUGGAAACUUGGUGGGGCUGUCAUUCUAAGCAAAGAGAAGACUGUAAAGAUGUAACUGUGGUAGACAGAAGCUAGGGAAACAAAUCUGGUACAUUGGGGUGUCUGUGCAUGUGUUGGGAAGAAUAUCACUUUAAAUUGGGUCCUUGAAUGCUAAGAUGAGUAUAAGCUUUAGUUAGUAAUUUCAGAGCCACCUGAAGAAUGUAAUUUGAGCAGAGGAAUAAAGAAAAACAAUUGGUGAUUUAUAGGUGUCUUUGGUUGGUGCCACUGAGAAAAGGGAGAUAAACACGUUAGAAUUUGGCAACUAAUUGGCACUUUGAUAGCAUGGGCCCUGAAGCAUUCUUAGGACCAUAAUGAUGGUACCCUUCACGUGAAAGUAGAAAUCACAGAGAAAAGCUGGUUCUGGUUUAAGGUGAGUUAGGCUUUCAGUUUUUGACUUUUGCAGUGGUAAUGGAGGAGUGGAACUACGUGAAUGUUUUGAUGUCAUUUUAUAGUUGAAACCUUUGACCGUUUAUUGAAAUCUUCAAAUUUUUUUUGUUGUGCUCAAAGAUGUGUCCAGAUGCAUGUCCAGUGUUGACAGUGUACAGUAGGGGAGGAGGGGUUUUAUUAUCCCUUUUUAACACACUAUGGUUUUCUGAAUGCUACUUUUGUAACUGAAGAAAAAGGGUUGAAGAAAUGAAUACAGAAAUAUACCGGAAAAACGGAAGUUGGAGGUAAUUUCCAAAAUCAGAAGGAAAAAAACAGACCCUUGGAGAAUGCUGAAAUUUGAGGAACAGGAAGAAGAGCUGGCGUGAGUUUAUACUUGGAACAAACGGAGGAAUUACAUGGAAGUAUAAAACUUGAUUCCCAAGAGAACACUUUACAAAAAAGAAUUGUAUAUUUGCAUCCAGUAUUGUUCUAAUGUUGUCACAGCGAUCACUUUUCAAGUUUUACAUGUACAGCUCAGCCUUUCUAUUAGCUGCAACUUCAGUGUUGGUGAACUAUUAUGCUGCUUUGCACAUUGACUUCUACGGUGCCUACAACACUUCGGCCUUUGGAAUUGAGCUGCUUCCUCAAAAAGGGCCCUCACUGUGGAUGGCACUCAUUGUUCUACAGCUAACAUUUGGAAUCGGAUACAUCACACUACUCCAGAUUCAUUCCAUCUAUUCACAGUUAAUUGUUUUGGAUCUUUUGGUUCCUGUAAUAGGCUUAAUCACAGAGCUACCAUUACACAUCAGGGAGACUUUAGUUUUUACCUCUUCCUUAAUUCUCAUAUUAAAUACAAUACUUGUUUUGGCAGUGAAACUUAGGUGGUUUUAUUAUUCCACACGAUAUGUUUAUCUUUUAGUGAGGCACAUGUAUCGAAUUUAUGGAUUACAGUUAUUGAUGGAGGACACAUGGAAGAGGAUUCGUUUCCCAGAUAUACUUCGAGUCUUUUGGCUAACAAGAAUUAUAGCUCAGGCUACAGUGUUAAUGUACAUUCUAAGGAUGGCAAAUGAAACUGAGUCCUUCCUCAUUUCUUGGGAUGAUUUCUGGGAUAUCAUUUGCAAUCUUAUAAUUAGUGGAUGUGAUUCUACACUUACUGUACUGGGUAUGAGUGCUGUAAUUUCCUCAAUAGCCCAUUAUUUGGGGCUUGGAAUAUUGGCCUUUAUUGGAUCAACUGAAGAAGAUGACAGGCGACUUGGCUUUGUAGCACCUGUUUUAUUUUUUAUUUUGGCUCUUCAGACUGGUUUAAGUGGGCUAAGACCAGAAGAGAGACUUAUUCGCUUAAGUAGAAACAUGUGCCUUUUGUUAACUGCAGUCCUGCAUUUCAUCCAUGGAAUGACAGACCCUGUAUUAAUGUCUCUCAGUGCCUCCCAUGUUUCAUCUUUCCGUAGACAUUUUCCUGUGCUGUUUGUCUCUGCUUGCCUGUUCAUUCUUCCUGUUUUACUCAGCUAUGUUCUUUGGCACCACUAUGCUCUAAAUACAUGGUUGUUUGCAGUUACUGCCUUUUGUGUGGAGCUCUGCUUAAAAGUAAUUGUUUCCCUCACUGUUUAUACGUUAUUCAUGAUUGAUGGCUACUAUAAUGUCCUUUGGGAAAAGCUUGAUGAUUAUGUCUACUAUGUUCGUUCAACCGGCAAUAUUAUUGAAUUUAUAUUUGGAGUAGUGAUGUUUGGAAAUGGGGCUUAUACUAUGAUGUUUGAGUCAGGAAGUAAAAUUCGGGCUUGUAUGAUGUGCCUACAUGCAUAUUUUAACAUCUACCUACAAGCAAAAAAUGGCUGGAAGACAUUCAUGAAUCGUAGAACUGCUGUUAAGAAAAUCAAUUCACUUCCUGAAAUAAAAGGGAGCCGCUUGGAAGAAAUAGAUGAUGUAUGUGCAAUUUGCUAUCAUGAGUUUACAACUUCUGCUCGUAUUACACCAUGUAAUCAUUAUUUCCAUGCACUUUGUCUUCGGAAAUGGCUAUACAUUCAAGAUACUUGUCCAAUGUGCCAUCAAAAAGUGUACAUUGAAGAUGAUGUCAAGGACGAUUCCAAUAUAUCUAACAACAAUGGAUUUAUUGCAGCCAAUGAAAAUGAAAACCCAGAGGAAGUAAGAGAAGAUGCUGCUGAAUCUGACAGGGAACUGAAUGAAAAUGACAGUACAGAUUGUGAUGACGAUGUGCAAAGAGAAAGAAAUGGAGGGAUUCAGCACACAGGUGCAGCAGCUGAAGAAUUUAAUGAUGACACUGAUUAAAAUAAUUUACUAAUCACUGAGGUAUUUGUUUAAAAUUGAGUUCAUCCAAAAUGGAAUAUGCUUUGCUUCAGUGUGUAACCAAGCACAAAAAACAGUAUCAAUGUUGAAUCUGUGAAUGGUUUUCCGUUUACUGUGAUGUGCUACUGUAAAUAUACCUCUUUAGUUACUUCUGGUCUCUUUGGUGACCUAUUUAAAUUUGUGUACAUUAUUGUACAUAGAAUAAAAUGUUUUCACAUUUUUAUGACAAAAUUUGAACAAACAACUUUUUAAUAGAUGUAAUAGUCAUAAUGGUGCGUCAACUGUGCCAAAGAUUCGCAAUGAAAUUAUAUAAUGUUUCUAACUGCACCCUAGUAUUUCUUUAAAAUGAGUUUUCAAAGUGGAAAAAA